AUGGAUCGCUUGAAAACGAAAAGGACUGUACUGCGAGGGAGGACCACUCGAAUCAUCAACGAAAGCAAAGCUCUUCUUUCAUCUGAGACCGCCAGCGCUGAGGAGCUCACCGUUCUACUAGAUCGCCUCACCAUUUGCAGUACCGACUUGAAAGACGUCGACACCCAGUUGGAGACGCUCAUUCCAAUCGAAGAUCUUCAACAGGAGUAUGACAGCUGCUUUGGAUACCAAGAGGAAGUAAGCUCAGUAGUCUCAAAAUUGAACUACAGACUUCGACAAGUUGAAGCUCCUGCUUUGCAGACCAUGACAUCGCAAACUGAGAGGAACACUCAGUCCUUGAGGGAGUCAACGAGAUCUGGAAUUAAGUUACCAAAGCUCCAGCUCCAAAAGUUCAAUGGCGAGCCCACACUGUGGCCAAGCUUCUGGGAGCAAUACUUAAGCAGCAUACAUGAAAACGCUACCCUUUCCAAGAUCGAGAAAUUCCAGUACCUGAGAUCUCUUCUCAUUGGACGGGCGUCUGCUGCGAUUGAGGGACUCCAGGCCACGGAAGCUUGCUAUGAUGAUGCAUUGGAGUUGCUGAAAAAACGUUUUGGUGAUAGACAGAAGAUAGAACACGAGUAUUUCUCCCGUCUGCGUCAACUUUCCCAUAUUCGCUCUUCGAACGAUACUGGUGGACUGAGGAAGAUGUAUGAUCAGACCCAGUCUAGUAUGCGAGGAUUAAAAUCUCUCGGAAUAACUGCUGGAAGUUACGCAGCGAUGAUGAACGACAUUCUCCUGAACGCGUUGCCACAGGACAUGGUUUUGGACUACCAUCGUAGGAAACAGCAACAACCAGCACAACUCGAAAACUCCGAAAGGCAGUUAGAGGAUCUCCUCGAUUUUCUCCAGAACGAAGUCGAAAGCAGAGAAAAGGCGGGAAUAUCUAGCCAGGAUGGAGGAGUUGUGAAACGAAGAGGGAGUCAGAUGAGCCGUCCCAGUGGGCUAGUACUCCAAACGGGUUCUGAGCCGGCCAAGUGCAUCUUUUGCGGCUCUUCGGCGCAUACGACUGAACGAUGCUCUUCUGAUAUGAAUCUGAGUGCCCGAAAAGAGAAGCUCAAAUCUCAGCGAAGAUGUUUCCGAUGCACCUGGGUGGGACAUAUGACGAACCAGUGUGUGAGACGUGUCAAAUGCGAUAAAUGCAAAGGUAGACACGUAACCUCCAUGUGUGACCCGGAGUACAACCCAGCCCAGUCAACUAGCCCUAAAACGCAAACCCGCAGCGCAGUGAUCGCCACGUCCUCAGCCACUUCACGUUCCACGGUUUUGCUACAGACUUUCCGGGCUUGGGUGGUCGCCGACAAGAAGUGCGCAUACAUUCGAGGAUUAUUUGACAGCGGUAGUCAAAGUACCUUUGUGCGAGAGGAUCUUGUUCGCAGCUUGAACUUGCCCGUCCUGAGAGAGGAGGAACUCUCAAUAAGCACAUUUUCCAGUGAUAUGGGGAGGAAACCAGAGAGGCGACGAAUAGUGGAGCUCCAGAUACGAAGCCAGUAUGCCGAGGAGGUAAUAACUAUGGAAGCAAUCGAAAUGCCAGUUCUGUGUCAUGAUCUUCCAUCAGCUUCAGCAGAUGACCGUCACUUGAUUCUACUUCAGGAAGCUGGAGAACAUGUUGCUGACGUCGUAUCGUUCCCAGGCAUACCGCAAGUGAAGGGAAUUUCGGUCCUUAUUGGGUCGGAUCAAAUGUGGAAAUUGCUGAAAGGAGAGAUCCAACGUUACGGGCCAAACGAUGAAAUCGUUGCCAUCAACUCCAAACUAGGAUGGACGUUUCAGGGUCCGACUACCGAACGUUCGCUGAUCGCAAGGCAGGCCUGCAACUAUGUAUCUGUGCUUCGUGUGAGUACACUUUCUGAGGACCUGCGCUGUGACCAGCUUUUAGAACGAUUUUGCAGCCUGGAAGGAGUUGGAAUCGUCCACGAAGAUGAAUCUCCGUCGGCCGAAGGUCAUGCCGUUCUCGAAGAGUUCGAGAAAACACUGAAGAUGAGGGAUGGCAGGUACGAGGUUCAGCUCCCGUGGAAACAGACAGAUUCGCCGUUGAACGACAACUUCGAGAUAGCUAAAACUAGGCUGAAGAAACUUGUGUUCCGACUGAACAAAGACAGACAUUUGAUCGAAGAGUACGACAAAGUUAUACGUGGAUAUCUUCUCAGUGGAUACCCAGAAGAAGUUGCCGUAUCCAACCAAGAACAGAACACUCGGGUUUUCUACAUGCCACACGGAGAAGUUUUCCGCGAAGCAUCUACAACAACCAAGUUGCGUGUAGUGUUCGACGCGUCGUCGCAUGGUCCUGGAAGUACAUCUUUAAAUGACCACCUGGAAACUGGACCAAAGCUUCAAGCGGACAUGCAGGAUAUUCUAAUCAGGUUUAGGAUGCAUCAGAUCGCUAUGAUAGCGGAUAUCGAGAAAGCUUUCCUCCAGAUCAUGGUCCACGAGAGAGAUCGUGAUGCGCUACGAUAUCUUUGGUACCGCGACGUGCCCUUUCGUGAGAUGACGUCUAACGAGCUCUGCGUUCUCAGGAUGAGUCGGGUUUCCUUCGGAACGACCGCGAGUCCUUUCCUCCUGGCUGCAACGCUGCAUCACCACUUUCGUCACAUCACUGACGAUCUAAGGGACACCGCAAGCGACUUGUUAUCCUCAUUUUACGUGGACGACUUGGUAACAGGAGCUGAUAACGUUGAACAAGCCACGAGGAUGCAUCGUCAGGCUUUGGCAGUCAUUGAACAGGCUGGAAUGCGCCUCAGGAAAUGGGCAUCGCAUGAACCCCGGUUAAAGUCUGUGUUCAAAAAGGGUGAGACUGACGAGUCGAUACAUCAGAAGGUACUUGGAAUUCCUUGGAAUACUGAAACUGACAGCUUGAUGCCUAAUUUAGAAGCCGUGAAAACGUUUGUGGCAACUUCACCAGUAACCAAAAGGAACAUACUCCAAGGCACCGCAAGACUGUUUGACCCUUUGGGAUUCCUCAAUCCAUUUACGUUCAGGGCCCGAUCCAUGUUUCAAGACCUAUGGAAGAAAAAGGUUGGAUGGGACGAAGAUAUCCCAUGUGAUGCUCAGCAGAAGUGGAGCGAAUGGUGUAAUGAACUAUCUACAUUAUCAGCACUAGAGAUUCCCCGUUGCGUCGUUCCAGCGAAUGCAUCUGCGUUUCAAAUGCAUAUAUUUUGUGAUGCCAGUCCUCUUGGUUACGGGGCAGUGGCUUACCUGAGAACCGCAAACACAAAGGGCGAGAUUUCAACGCAUUUAAUACUCUCAAAAACUCGUCUAGCACCUAUCAAGCAGCUCUCUCUUCCAAGACUAGAGCUUAUGGGAAUGCUUAUCGGAGCGAGAAUGCUCACUUACCUGCAAAGGACACUGUAUAAAUUACAGUUCGACUAUUUUAUGUGGACCGACUCCAUGAUCGCAUUGUGGUGGAUACGACGCCGGCCAACCGAAUGGAAAGUGUUCGUCAGCAAUCGAGUGAAAGAUAUCCAGAAGUUAGGGAGUCUAAUACGGCAAGACGACGUGCAGAAUUAUAUGGCCACAACUAUGAUCAGCUGGAGGUUCAUGCCGGAAAGAGCACCGUGGUGGGGCGGGUUUUGGGAGAGACUCGUUCGGACCCUUAAACAUGCUCUACGAAGAGUCAUCGGAAAGCAGUCGUUGACGAUCGAAGAAAUGGAAACGGUGCUAGCCGAAGCAGCAGUAAACUCACGGCCCAUCACGUACUUGCAUUCCUCACCCAACGAGACUACUGCUCUGACGCCAGCGCACCUCCUAGUUGGAAAGCGCUUGAUUGCCUUGCCAUCUUCGAAACGACAAGACCCAACCAGAUCAACUACAGAAGCGCUUUCGCGAAGGUGGGUGCACCAGCAAAAGAUAGCUGACCACUUUUGGAAACGUUGGCACAAGGAGUUGCGAUCGGCCCAUGUAUCACGUACCACGCCUUCUCAUUCCAUGAAGGAAGGCGAUCUUGUACUCGUUCAUGAAGAACGAACACCGAGGCAAGUUUGGAAAACAGCACGGAUUGUGAAGUUUCAUCGAGGAAGAGAUGGAGAGAACAGGUCAUGUUCCGUCAAGCUGCCAUCAGGCAGCCAUCAGGCAACAUCACAAGACGACCUGUACAGCAGCUGUACCCAUUCGAGGAUCAUCUCCAAUGUGCUAGUGACGCCCAUUCCGGGGGGGAGGAUGUUGCGGAAUGAGACCUGCAGCGCGAACCGUGCUUGA